UCCUACUAAAAUGUUCUGAUUAAAAGAAUAUUGAUGAAAGUUUGAAAAAGCUUUCUCUUCUUUGUUUUACAUGAAGUGGUGCCACGCCCGCUUCAAACCAUUCCUAUCAUUGUAGGUUAUCACUCUAUAAAUGACACCUGUGCUCUGGCCUCGAAACCAAAACCUUUUCAGAUCGAGCCUGAGUCCAACCUGCUGCACCAGGUGAGAAACACAACGGAACCCAAGCCCAGCCAGACUGCAGGUCAGUUCAGUAACAGGAUGUUGCUUGUUGUGUGUGUGAUGCUGUUGGUGGCCUCACGGAUGAGCUUUGGUAAGGUUGGUCCUUCCCUCGAUGAGCAGUGGGAGCAGUGGAAGACCAAAUACAAAAAACUCUACAAAGACCAGAAUGAAGAGGAGUUGCGGAGGAGAAUCUGGGAACAAAACAAGGAAAUGAUUGAAGUACACAACCAGGAGGCUAAGCAGGGCAAUCACUCCUACAAACUAGGCAUGAACCGGUUUGGUGACAAGGUAUCAGUGGAGAUGCCUGUGAUUAAGGCUUCCAACAGGAUGUCGAGACACAUCUUGCCGAAAAUAUCCAGGAAAAUGACUGUGCUCGAUCAGGAAUUAAGAAAUCAGAUUUGGGAGAACAUAAAAAAGAAGCUGAUAACGUACAACAGAAUCCUACAACAACAGCUGUUGAAUAAAAUGAUUGCAGACAUAGAAGAUGAUGACUGGGUGGCAGCAUACGACGUCUUGGAGAAAGUGACAACCACGUCGGCUGAUUACAAUGCCAUAUUAAGAGCUCUUGUCAUGAAUGACAUUUAUGAGCAGAUGGCUGAUCAAAGCAUCAAGUCAAAAGUCCUUAUCUUGCAGGAUAUUGCUGAGACAGUAGCUCAGUACCAAAAGAUUAAGGUAUAUAAGAGCUCAGGAAAAAACUUGUCUAAAUCCAUCGACUACCGUCGGGACGGUCUGGUGACGCCAGUGAGGAACCAGGGAGCGUGUGGCUCCUGCUGGGCCUUUAGUGCUGCAGGGGCCCUUGAGGGACAGUUGGCCAAGAAGACGGGUCGCCUGCUAGAACUCAGUCCUCAGAACCUGGUGGACUGUGACCUUGAGAGCGAUGGCUGUGAUGGAGGACACCCAGACUUUGCUUUUGAGUAUGUGCAAGAAAACGGCUAUGUGCAUUAUGAAGAGGACUACCCGUACAUUGGAAAGAAGCAGAAGUGCCACAGAACCCCCCCACCGCCUGGUGCAGCCCAGUGCAAAGGCUUCGUGUGGAUCCCAGAGGGAGAUGAGCACCUGCUGGCUGAAGCCCUGCAUGAAGUGGGUCCACUGUCUGUGUGCAUUGACGCCAGUGACAAAAAGUUCAUGUUCUACAAAAGCGGUGUUUACUACAACCCAGUGUGUAACAAAGACGUGCUUAACCACGGCAUGCUGCUCGUCGGCUACAAGGAGAAACACUGGAUUGUCAAGAACAGCUGGGGCGAGGACUGGGGUAAGAAAGGCUAUGUUAAGAUCGCACGGAACCGCGGCAACCACUGCGGCAUCGCCAGUGACGCCAGCUACCCCUUGGUGUGAAGCAGCUAAAGGCACUGGAGGUCAUUGGAGGUCAUUCCUCCGCUAUGCUACUGUCUUCAUUUAGCAGAUGACUGCAAUAUCUUUCAGGCCUUUGAUCACAUGAACCUCCUUCAUUAUGUAUUUAAUGGAACCAUUUACACUAACUUUUUACAAUAUGGGAACAUUCUUCUGGAUUCUGUUUACACCUUGAUUUGACCUGUUUUCAACCACUAUGAUGCUUUUAAUGAACAUAUUUUAGAUCUCAUCCAAGAAAGUGAACUUUUCUUGACCUCACUUCUGUAGUAACACGUUAGUGGCCUGUGGACAUUAAGGUUGGAAAACAUUACUAACAUGUGUCACGUCCGGGCUUUAUUGCCGUCGUUAUUUUGAAAGGACUUCCUGUUAAACACCACAUAGUCAGCUGUUUCCUGUCUGUACCGGUCGUCAUUACCCACACCUGCAUCUCAUCUGCUAUUAGUCUGCUCUGUAUUUAAGCUCCACCUCUCACACCUGUUACCCGCCAGAUUGUUGCGUGUAAUCACCACUUUCCAGCGUUCGUUGUCUAGUAUUGUCGUGUAUCGUGCCUCCUGUUUUGACCUCUGAUUCCGAGCCUGCCUAGUCCCUGUCUGCCUUGUUUGCCUUGAUUAUCUGCUGCUGCCUGUUAUCGACCUUGCCUGCCUGACCACGAUCCGACGCCCGACGAUCUGGUAUUGUAACCCAUCUCUCGUGUAUGACUUUGCCUGUCCCUGACGCCGUCUCUGCCUGAUCCUGUUUAAACCCCGUUUGAUCUCCCGUGUAUGACUCUGCCCAAAUGGGAUUCUGAACCUGGAAUAAACUGUCCUCUUAUCAUCAUCAAAACUGUGUUGUGCUGUGCAUGUGGGUCCGCCAUCUACAGCGCACUGACAACAUGAAGCUUUUGUUAUUUCUAUAAUAAGAUUCUUUAGCUUUGACCAGAUCACACACAUUUGGGGAACUUGACUGUUUCUUUAAUUGAAUUAAAACUUGUGUUAAAGACU